UUCAGCAGAAGACAGCUGAGACUUUACAGAUUGCUUGUAGAUGGGAAACUAGCUCUCCGAUUAUUGGUCUUAACAAUGAGGUUGCUAGAAGCUCCCCUAUCGUCUGUAUAUAUUUACACCCGGAUUUCCUGUUACCGUCACUGCGCUGUGUAUACCAAGAAGUCUCUUGUGCUCCGCCUGCAUCAUCAGCCGCCUUCAUAGUCUCUUUCCCAGAGCUUUCCAUGGAGGACGGUCAGCUUGCACGUGCACAUCCUCCUGUACCUGCGCCAGCAUCAGCUCGGCAUCGGCGAACCGACAGUCCGCACCUGUGCUUGUGGUGCACUUAUUGUUGCUUCCAGCAGUUGUGUUGUUGUGUUAGUUCCGUUGGUUGAUAGGAAUGUAAAUCGAGAUAAGACGGUUGUUAUCGAAGUCUGAUGAAACUCUAGUGUCCAAAUCACUGGCUGUGUAACAGUCAAGAGUGUAGAUAUAACACAAGCCUGACAGUAUAUAUUUAGAAGUAAUGCUUGUAGUGAUUUUCACUGUGCCUUGUGCGUUACAUGUUUAGCACAGUAACUUCGGGCGAGCUCUGUGAACUUACAGUGAUUACAAAACUAUCUCCUAGUAUACUUGUGUGUGUGUGUGCGCGCGCUCAAAACAAUCGUUAGUAGGAACAGAGAAUUGACUUUCUACAGCAUCAUGAUCGACUGGGUGUCCAUUGUGCGUGGGUCACGCCGGCGCUUCUCCAAUUAUAUGUACGUGGUGCCUAACCGCAUGCGCCGCCGUCGAAAGAAACAAAACUAUAGUCACCCCCGAGUUGAGCCACCCCCAAAACCUACCCCUUCAUAUUUUUGUUCUUGUUGCCUACCUAAAGGAAAGUUUAGGUAUCGAGAAGAGGACCUGCCUCCUCCACCUACCCCAGCAGAACUGAAGCAGAUUUCUAGUAUGGAUGGAAUGGUCAGAAAUAAAGGAGACAUAUCCACUGAUUACAGCACAGAUUUUUCUGAUUCUCCAAAAAAGAGCAAUGACAGUUGGCUUUCACAAGAUGGUGACCAGGCUCACACACCACUCUUAGGUGGAGGUUGUGACAGAGAUGUCAAUGGUGAUGGAGAUUGGGAAUAUGAAGAGAUUUCUCUUGAAAGGUGUGGAACAGGUCUAGGGUUUAGUAUAGCAGGUGGUACAGACAAUCCUCACAUUAAUGAUGAUCCAAGCAUUUAUGUCACUAAACUUAUUCCUGGAGGAGGAGCAGCUGCUGAUGGUAGAUUGAAGGUAAAUGACAUUAUAAUCAAAGUAAAUGACACUGAGUUACUUCAUGUUCCUCAUUCUGCAGCCGUAGAAGCUCUGAAACGUGCAGGAAACUCUGUACAUUUGUUUGUGAAGCGUAGAGUACUUCACCACCGACAUGUUAUGGAAGUGGAGCUGGUAAAAGGAAACAAGGGACUAGGAUUCAGCAUAGCAGGGGGUAUAGGAAACCAGCAUAUCCCAGGUGAUAAUGGUAUUUACAUCACUAAAGUCAUGGAGGGAGGAGCAGCAUAUUCUGAAGGGAAUAUCCAUGUAGGGGACAAAUUGGUAGCUGUUGGUGAGAAGAAUCUGGAAAAUGUCACUCAUGAAGAAGCUGUUGCUACACUGAAGGCAACAACAGACAGAGUUGUACUUACAAUAGCCAAAUCAAGACCUUCAGUUUUCAUCAACCACACUAUACCUGCAUCAGCUUCUCAGUCUCUUCAGGAACAAACUCCAGGCACAAUUACUCCACCUUCCUCAAAUGUUUCAAUCACAGAAUACCAUCAAGAGCCUCCUCCUAGUACCUGCCCUUCUAAAGUGUUAACUGAUGAAAACAUCACCAGGGAACCCAGAAAAGUGAUGCUGGUGAAAGGACAGUCUGGUUUGGGGUUCAAUAUUGUAGGUGGUGAGGAUGGAGAAGGAAUUUUUAUCUCCUUUAUUUUGGCUGGAGGAGCAGCAGAUCUGUGUGGUGAGCUUAGAAGAGGAGAUCAGAUAAUUUCUGUUAAUGGGAUUGACCUGAGACGUGCCACUCACGAGCAAGCUGCUACAGUACUAAAGGGAGCAGGGCAAAAUGUAGCUAUGGUUGUACAGUACAGACCUGAAGAAUAUAAUAGCUUUGAAGCUAAAAUACAUGACCUUAGAGAACAGAUGUUAAACACAACGACAGGCAGCUUACGGACAUCUCAGAAACGCUCGUUAUAUGUUAGAGCCUUGUUUGACUAUGAACCUUCUCGAGAUAGUGGCUUGCCCAGCCGAGGUUUAGCUUUUUUGUUUGGUGAUAUUAUUCAUGUCAUAAAUGCCAGUGAUGAUGAAUGGUGGCAAGCACGCAUUGUACAUCCUGAUGGUGAAGAAGAUGGCAUUGGCAUUAUUCCUAGUAAAAACAGGGUUGAAAGGAGAGAAAGAGCAAGAUUAAAAUCAGUUAAAUUUCAAGGAAAAUGCCAGUACAAUGAUGGAAAGAUGAGUUUGGACAGGAAAAAGAAAAACUUUUCUUUUUCAAGGAAAUUUCCUUUUAUGAAAAGUAAAGACAAUGUGGUAGAUGAUAGCAGUGAAGGUGAAACAGAUGGAUUACCAAUACAGGACCAGUUGAACACAUCAACAGUCAGUGAAAAUGAAUUCAGUGCAAGUAGAGCACUUGAAGAUCCAGUACUGUCCUACGAAGCAGUCACUCAACAAGAAAUUUCAUACACAAGGCCAGUCAUUAUUUUGGGUUUUCUGAAAGACAGAAUUAAUGAAGAUUUAGUCUGUGAACACCCAGACAGAUUUGGUAAUUGUGUACCUCAUACAACUCGUCCAAAGCGUGACUAUGAAGUUGAUGGCCGUGACUACCAUUUUGUAGAAUCAAGAGAGCAAAUGGAACGGGACAUUAAAAGCCAUAUGUUUACAGAGGCUGGGCAGUACAACGAUAAUCUAUAUGGGACAAGUGCCAAAGCUGUACAAGAUGUAGCUGAGAGUGGCAAACACUGUGUUCUUGAUGUUAGUGGAAAUGCCAUCAAGAGACUUCAAAUGGCUAACCUCUAUCCCAUUGUUAUUUUCAUCAAACCCACCUCUGUGGAGUCCAUCUUGGAGAUGAACAAAAGAAUGACUGAAGAUCAAGCUAGGAAGACUUACAAUGGUGCAAUAAAAUUAGAGCAUGAGUUUGCUCAGUAUUUUACUGGUAUUGUUCAAGGUGAUACCCCAGAAGAAAUUUAUUCAAGAGUAAAAAGAAUAAUACAAGAACAGUCAGGCCAUGUUAUCUGGAUUCCAUCUAAGGAAAAACUCUGAGAACAUUGCAGGAGAACAGCUGGCACUGUCCUACUGUGUACAUUUCACAUGUCUACCCACAUCAGUUGCUAUGGUGUUGUAACUAUACAGCAUUUGAAACAGUUAGGUUUGCGUAUGAAGGAAAAAACAUCUGGGAGUUCUGUUAACAGGAGCCAGUAAAUAGAGAAAACAGUACUGAGAAAAUUCAAAUACAAGAACAAACACAAAAUCAGUGGGUGGAGAAGGAAAGAUAUAUUCUAUGAGAUAAUUAUGAAUAACUACCUUGUAGAAUUCAGUGUUCUACUCAUACGUUUGCAUUCCGUAAACAGAGAAAACAAGAGGAGUACUGGAUUGUGGAAAUUAAUAUUGUCAGUGUAUUUCAUUACUGGCAGAUUUGCUUGCAAACACGUAUAAAUUGCUUGAUGAUAAAAAGUUUAACAAAAGCCCUUGUAAUUAGUAUGCAUGAAAUACAACACGUCACAAAACUACAGAUUAUUAUUUCAACAAAUGUGUGUGUGAUAAAAGCUUUUAAUUGAUUUUGCCAUGUUUGUAUAGUCUAUUCACUAUUACAUUUGAUUGAUGAACAAAAGGAACACAAUUUCUGAUCCACAAUGUGUUUAAAAUACAACUCUUAAAAUGUUCCCAAAAAAGCUAUAGUUGUACACAUUUUUUAGUCGUGGUGAAGUUUUUUAUUAAGAUUUCAAGUCUUUUGUUUGUUUUUUAAUAGAUUAUGAAACAGCAUUUUUCACUUGUAUUAGGACAAUGGAAGUUUUUAAUUGUUUUAAUAAAAAUUUUCUCAAGAUUAUUUUUACUCUUUCUUGUGUGGGUGUUUUAUUUGCACUGUGGCUGGAUGACAGUGUUAUUUGUAAAAUUUUCUCACAUAUAGGAAUGUUUUUAUAUCUUUCUGUGUACUUGAUUCUUAGUUAAUGAUUUAAAACACAUACUCUUGUUGGUUUGUUUUUAACUGUAAAUCAAAGCACAUUUGAAUGAUUGUCUGUAUUAAUCAUAUGCAAAUUUUACAAGUAUCUCAUAUCAUAAAACAAUGUUAUUCAAUGUAUUUCAAUUAAUGAAAUAGGUUAAAUUCAUUUCUGUUUUAUAACCCAUUAUUGUCUGUGAUGUUUUAAAGGAGGAAAAAACUUCAGAAUUUUAAUGGAAUUAACUCCAUUUGUUUAUUGGAAGGUGUUUUUUUUUACAGUGCUGUUUAUUUCUAAAUAUGGUCAGUUGAGGUUAUGAACGAAUUUGAUAAUUGAAAUAAAUUUGCCAGGGUAGACAAGACCAUAAAAAUGUGUGAAAUGUCAUUUCAUAAGCUCAGAAGAAAUGAUAAAAGUAUAAUGUGUGUAUAUUCAAGUGACUUUAAACCUAAGGUUUUAAAACUUCUUCAUAUAGUACUGUUAAAAAGCAAAAGAACUAACAAAUAACAAUUAUGAGUAUGCAACACAACAGUUUAAGAGAUCUAUAUGUAUUUUAGAUUGUUGGUUAAGAAUCUUUUAACAGAAAGGAAAUCUCAAGGAUUAUUAAAUUCUUAUGUUAUUAGGUUGUUUUUAUGUAUAUUAUGUUACUGAAUCUGUAGGAAUUCUUUUUUUUUCACAGUGUCCAUUCCAAUGCUUACUUGUUAUUAUUUCUGAUCAUUGUAAAUCUGCUGGUUAUGAAUCUCUAAAUAUUGUCUGCUUGAACUGUACUUGUUUAUGUAAUAAAGUUUAAAAGGUA